UCGUACGUUCACGACAGUGGUACUUCGAGUAGGCAGUACGGGACGAAAAAAAUAAUCGCUAAAAAACUCGGCGCGUCGCGUUGUGGCUUUAAUUUUUGGUGUUUGAGUUUAUCUUGGAUUUUUUUUGGUGUUCUUUGAUGGUUUUUGGAUACAUUUCGAAACAGUAAUAUGAUCUCGACGGAUAUCUGUCGAUGGUUGAUUUUGCUGAUAUCGUUAUCGACAUGGACGAAACUAACAGAUUCAAAAGAAAUGCGUGUGGUUUGUUAUUACACGAACUGGUCGGUUUACAGGCCUGGACAGGCCAAAUUCAGCCCACAGAACAUCAAUCCGUACCUGUGCACGCAUUUAGUGUAUGCCUUUGGAGGAUUUACCAAAGAAAACACCCUGAAACCAUUCGAUAAAUACCAAGACAUAGAAAAAGGUGGAUAUGCCAAAUUCACUGGCCUCAAGACCUACAACAAGAACCUCAAGACCUUGAUAGCUAUCGGAGGUUGGAACGAGGGUUCUUCCAGGUUUUCGCCAAUGGUGGCCAACGCCGAACGGCGAAAAGAACUGGUAAAAAAUGCCGUCAAGUUCCUCAGGCAGAACCAUUUUGAUGGUUUGGACUUGGAUUGGGAGUACCCCACGUUUAGGGAUGGUGGUAAAUCUAGGGAUAGGGAUAAUUAUGCUCAAUUAGUGAAGGAACUUAGAGAAGAAUUUGAACGAGAAUCAGAGAAAACCGGAAGACCAAGAUUAUUGCUCACCAUGGCUGUACCGGCUGGUAUAGAAUACAUUAACAAAGGCUAUGAUGUACCUAAACUUACCAAGUACUUGGAUUGGAUGAAUAUAUUGUCCUACGAUUACCAUUCGGCUUUUGAACCUGCCGUAAAUCACCAUGCCCCCCUUUUUGCCUUGGAGGAAGACAAUGAAUACAACUAUGAUACGGAACUGAACAUCGACCAUACGAUCAAACACUACCUAAAAAUGGGCGCCGAUCCAACCAAGCUUGUCCUCGGUAUACCAACCUAUGGUCGUUCUUAUACCCUUUUCAACCCAGAAGCCUACGAAAUCGGAUCUCCAGCCGAUGGACCAGGAGAUAUGGGUUCAGCAACCAGAGAAAACGGAUAUCUAGCAUAUUACGAGAUUUGCGAAAACAUCAAAGACCAAGACUGGGAGGUCGAUGAACCCAAUCCCGAAGCUAUGGGUCCCAUAGCUUUCAAAGACAACCAAUGGGUGGGAUACGACGAUGAAAACAUAGUUAAAAGAAAAGCAAAAUACGUUGCCGAGAAUAAUUUGGGCGGUAUUAUGUUUUGGGCGAUUGACAAUGAUGAUUUUCGAGGUAACUGUCAUGGAAAACCUUAUCCUUUGAUUGAAGCUGGUAAAGAAGCCUUGUUGGACGCCUAUGGAUUGACUGAGGAGAAUCUGAUAUCUCCUCCGUCAAAACCAACGAAGUCAUCGAAGAACAAGCCUAGAAGUAGACCGACUAAGAGUAGUACUACGGAGAAGUCAGAGGAAAUCAGUAGUUCUACAACUUCUGCACCCAGAAAACGAAGAAUCAAGAACAAAAACCGAUCCGAGGAGAAAUUAUCAAGUGCCAAAAGAAGAAAGGACUCAUCUAGAGCACAAGAAGAUACUUCGAGUUACAGUAGCUUAAAAAUAGUUACACCCUCGUAUACCACGCCUGCACCCCCACCUACACCGGAUAUGGGAGGAGACUUCAAAUGUGAAGAUGAAGGUUUCUUCCCUCACCCGAAAGACUGCAAAAAAUACUAUUGGUGUCUCAGUGGAGCGGGAGACUCAGGAAUCGUCGCACAUCAGUUUACAUGUCCCGCAGGAUUAUAUUUUAACAAAGCUGCCGAUUCUUGCGAUUACAGCCAGAACGUACUGUGCAAGAAAAAACUGCAAAAAGCACCGUCCACCACUACUAGUACUACCGAAAAACUGUCCGAGUCUAGUACGAGCGCUACGACAUCUCCAAGACCGACUUUGAGUAGUAUAUUUUCUACAACCAGGGCACCUCCUAAAAUUACAGCUGCUACAAGUAAAACUACCUUUAAAGCGUCUACUACAACCACAACAGAAGCAUAUGAAGAUGAGGAAGAAUACGAAGAUGAGGAAGAGGAAUCCGUACCAGGCAAAGAAGAAGAUCCUCAGGUCAUCAAAGAACUGAUAGCCCUGAUCAAAAAAGCCGGAGGUCUGGAAGAAUUGGAAAAACAGUUAACAGGCGGCAAAGAUUCCUCUACCUCUUCCGGAACUGACACAACGACUCAGUCAGCUCUCAGCAAGACGCUGUACGAGAGAGUACUGAGCAAGACGUCGAAAAAUGCUUUGAACGCUUUGAAAUCGACUUCUCGUACUAGAAAUAGCGGUGGUCCUCAGGGUCAGGCAGUUAAAAGUAGUGAUGGAGCGAAGAAAGUUGAUAGAGGCAGGCCACAAUACAGUUCAAUAGCUAGACAAAGGGCUUCUACAGAGAAAGCUGUUGACGAAGAAGAAGUAAAAAGUGUGGCGGAAGAAGAAAACAAAGCUGGUAAAAGUAAACAGUCAAGUAGAUCGAAAUCAGCUUUGGAGUAUGUUAAUAUUCGUAGACCAAAAAGCAGUACUACCACCGAAUCCAAUGAAGAUGAUGGUUCCGACAGAAACCGAAUUCUAGGAGAACUAGACGACGAAGAAAACGAAGAAGAAGUAAAGAAAAAAAACAAUGUUCCUCAAUACGUCAGUAUCAGAAGACAGAGACCUUCAACCACUGAACCCAGCGUUUCAUCUUCGAAGUACACUUCAAUUCGAAGAUCCACUGUAGCCCCAGUACAAGAAGAUGAAAAAGAAGAAGAAAUAGAUGAGGAUGAUGACGAUGAAGAGGGUGGUACAAACAGUUGGCGUAGAUCAACAACGGAAUCAAGCAGAGAAUCUCCAAAGUACCAAACUAUACUGAGGCGUAGUACUACAACUCCACUACCGGUAACCACUGAAGAUGAUCAAGUUGCUAGGAAACGAUCAACUACAACCUCACCUGGAGCUGAGUCCAGUACUGAAUCGAAAUAUAAGUUUAUUCGACGAUCUACCACCACCACUGUUGCCACUUCUAAUCAAGAAGAUGAUAACAACGAAGAGGUUUUAAGGCAAAAAUCAACUACUGAUGCCCCCAGUGUAACUGAAGCAGGCAGAACCGAAUCGAAAUAUAAAUUUAUACGACGAUCAACUACUACAACAGUUUCUUCCAAUAUUGUAGCGGAGAACUCUUCAUCGAAUGAUGUUAAUAGUGUAUCAUCUGCUUCAAGCGAACCACCUACGUCACAAGCAUUAAAAUCUGAAAGUGGUCAAAACGAAGCCGCCUCUUCAGUUACCGAAACCGAAAUCCUUAUAACCACUCCUACAUCACAAACACCACCAAGCCCACCAUCGGAAUCAACAUCUAUUACCUCACCAUCAUCUACCGAACCUCAAAGAGACCUCGCAUCGUCAACUUCUUCCAGCAAUUCCUCCACAUCAGAAGUACCGGAAAGAAGACGUCCGGUUUUGUUCCAUCCUAGACCCUUCACUCAGAGUUCCACUACAACAACAACACAAACUCCUUCGAGCGAAUCUGCUGCAAAGGUGAGUCAGUCUAGUUUCAAAUCGCGGGCUAGGGGCGAGACUAUACCCACCACCACAGAUUCUGGUACACGUAGAAUAAGAAAUAGAGUUAGAUUCGCUGGUACAAACCGCAACGAAGACGCCGAGCAGGAGGACAAAGCCGAAAGGACCGAAGUUAAAUCUGUCAGGUCCAAGGCACGUUUCAUUGCCAGUACUACAGAGAAUCAAAUCGAUUACAACCUGGAACAGAACCGGAAAUACAGACCUGUUGAAUUGGCUGAUUUAUCUUCGUUAACUUCGGUUGAUUUGAAGAAGGGAGAAAUAAACCUUAAUAAGAGACGUCGAAGACCCGUAGGUUCAUCUACUUCCAGUACUACAUCAACUACAGAGAAAGUACUAGAAGAAGACGAAAAAACUGGAUCCAGAACCUUACCUCUAGCAAGGAAGCUAAUAGAUUCUUCAAAUUUCGGAAAAAGUCGUAGAGUAAUCCAGAAAAACGUCGAUCAAAUCGAUGCAGAAUCGGAUAAAUCAGCCAGCAGAAAAGUAAUCAGGCGUUUUAGAUCAACCACCGCCAAAUCUACGUCUGAGAUCUCAUCUACAACACCACAACCAGAUGUUUCAGAGAAUAGUGUUAAAAUCACACCAAGAAGCAGGAAAAUAAUUAGAAGGUUUAGACCUACGUCUGGAUCGAGUACUACGGAAAAUACAUCUAUUGAACCCCUAUCCACAAGCUCUGUAUUACCUAAUUCACGAAGAAAAUCGAUAUUCUUUAAAUCAAACCAAGUGUCUUCUAGUUCUUCAACCACUGAAACAACAACCUUAUCAGAAAAUCCUUUAAUAGCACUAUUCAGUACCAAGUCUAGGUUUGGUGUCACCAAGAACAAUACAGAUAUAGAAGAUGAAGAAGAAGACACUACCAGCGAUCAUAUUGACGUGUUAAAUGGGGAAGAAGGUGAAAAUAUUAAGUUAUCUGAGUCUAACAUCAGGGAAAGUAGCAAGAUUAAUACGUUUGGUUUUGAUGAUAAGCUGAGAAAGCAGUUUGGUUUCGGCAAGAACAAAGAAAGCAUAUUCACCAAAACAUCGAUAGAAAAAGAGAACCGAGAGUUAGAUUUAGGUAGUGAUAACGAAACUACCACUCCAACGACUACUACGACUUCUACAAGUGAAAAUAUCCAGUCAGUAACUUUAUUGUCACGAACUGAACCUACUAGAAUACUGAGAACCAGGAAAAUUAUCAGAAAAUUUAAUGCAACUGAUAUUAGCUCAACCACAGAAGCAAAUACCGUCAGAGGCCGGAAAGUUAUACGUCGUUUUAGGCCUGGGUCUUCUAAUAAUUUGGAUGCUACAUCAAAAGACGAAACUACUAAGCUUGUAAGAAAGAACUUUAUAAGGGGUAAAACCACUAACACUGAAACUACAACCGAAUUUGAUUCACAGAGCUCUGCAACAACUACCGAAAAAAAUAGUUUCACUACUACCGGAAGAACGUAUAUUAGAAGACGUCCAACAACUCCUAGUUCUUUGCCAUCAUCGACAAGAGGUCGAUAUUUUGGAAGAUCUACCACCCAAGCUUCUGCCAGUGAGGAAUCGGUUAGCAGGAAGUCUUUUAAACCGAGCUUUGGGAAAAAGACUACCACUGAAGAGACUUUCUUUGAAUCUACGAAGGCUCCACUGAGUCCUCGGUAUAACCUGUAUUCAAGAAAGCCGUAUUCUACAACGGAAAGGUUUGAUGUUGAAGAUAACGAUGAAGAAGAUGAAGAUUUUAACUCGGACGAUGAAGAAGAUGAGGAUGAAGACGAACAUCCAGAAAACGAAGAAGACAAACCUAAGUAUACUAUAUUCUCGACUUCUUCACUUAGUAGGACUCAUAAGUUUGAGUCUAACACUAACUUUAAUGACGAGGAUGAGGAAGAUAACGAUGAUGGUGUCAAGGCAAACAAAACUAUUAGUUCGUACGUAUUUAAAACUGCUUUGAAUAGUCUUAACGAAUCAGAAACUUUGAUUGAUAAAGACAAAUUUACUGAUCCUACUAAGCCUGAAUCGGAGUUAGAAGUUAAUCAGAUGGUAAACAACAAUGAGACUGAUUCAGAUAACAAGGCUAUUCUAACAAGACAGAAAGUAGCCGUGAGUAAAGAAGAAGUUCAGACUAAAUCUCAGCAAGAUUUGCUAAAAAGUCGUCCAGGAUCCAAAUCAAGGUCUAGCACUACUACUGUUGCUUCAUCUACUGAUGAUAAUACAACUGAGCUUUCGGAAACUGAUGCAACAACGCAGUCAAUUUUAGAAUUGACAGUCAGUACAGAAGAUGGGUUCAAUAAACUUGAAGAAUUUACUACUUUAAUCUCAAAAGAAGAUGAAGUUGGUAUUACCACAACUGAAAGUGUGAAAGAAACAACUUUCAGUCCGACAACUGAGGGAUCUUUUGAUGUAACUUCUGUUAGCAACUUCGAAACAAGUACUACCGAUUCAGAUUUAGAAGUUACAACAUUCACGGACAAUAAUAACACACCAACAACUCACAGAAUUACAACAACAUCGGAACCGAGACGUCGUAGUACUUUAAGGACUUUAAAAGAACGUCCUGGACUGUCAUUCUCCCGUAAACCAUCACUUACUACAAGCACCACUCCUUCUUCUGUGAGUUCUAGUACUAGAAGAUCUUUUACUAGAUCUGGAGCUAGUAAAAAUAGGUUUUCUAGGCCGUCAACAACAGUCAGACCUUUGAGUAGUCGAGUAAGAUCAACAAGUCCUAUAUCAGUUAGACAGUAUGUUAACCAGAGAAAUAAUAACAGGAAAACUGAAGAGGAUGAGGAUGAAGAAAACGAAGAAGAAUUUGAAGAAGAUGAAGAAGUUAUUCCUACUUCAAAACCUUCCUUUACUAGGUCUACUACAAGAAGAAUUGUGAAUACUCCUUUUGUGAACAAACCAGCUAAGGGCAGGAUUAAUAAACCUAAGUUUACGAAACCUUCUAAUAAUCCAGCAGUUAAAUCGGAAGUGAAUCAGGAAGAUUUAGGGGUAGACACCGAGGCAGUGAAGCAAAGAAACAAAAAUUUGUUUGCAAAAAGGAAGAUGAAUACUCCUGCUGUUUUGUCUUCGACUGUUUCUUCGGCUACUGAGUCUACUACAAUAGGUGAUGUGAUUGAAACUGACACAGAGACUGUUUCUAGUGAUCAAUUCACUACGAUUAAGAUGUUCACGACCGAUACAACUGAUCCAAGCUUGACAACUCUACAUCACGUUUUUGCUCAAGUCGAUGAAAUGAACUCUACAACUGAAUCAGCAGCGUCAUCAUCAUUCGAUGAGAAAUCACGUAAAAUUGAACGAUUGAUCGAAGUGAAUAGGAUCAAAGAAGUGAAAACCAAAGAGGCAAAGGUGGAGGUGUUACCUACAUUGGAUAAAAUAGGAGAGAUCUCAAGGAUAACGUUCAUUAAAAUUGUUGAUGGAAACAAUGAGACGGUUAUUAAAGACCCUGUAUCAAAUGAGAUCAGUUUGAACGAACCUAUAUCUCCUGUUUAUUCGUCUACUGACAGUAAAGUUGGUGAGAGUCCAGCCAAAAUUGAACAAGUUCCAAGUCCAGAUAAAUCAAAGAAUUUUAACCUGAAGAAUGUAGAUUUAGAGUUAAAAAUGGGACAGCCCAAUCAACGCGAAGAGCGUAAAUUUGAGAUUCAUGGCGGUAGUAAGGUUGUAGAUAACAAAGUCCUAACAAAUAUUGGUGGAAAACCCGAAAUCAUUGACGGAAUUUCCCACAUCAACGUUGUUACACCUAAACAUCUAUCUCCGGAAACUUCCACAAUAUCUUUAGAAGGUCUUUUCCAGAAUAACUUGAACCCCAGCUUCACAUCAACCGAUGAACUGCUUGAAGGCGGUCGAUCUGAACUAGUCCAAGUCAGAGUACUGAACCAAGACGUGUUAGAGUCACGCUCAAAGUCGGAUAGCAAGUUUGUGCCUGUGAGGGUGUUAGCUCAAGACUUAGAGGACGAAGAAGAGGUGACCAUGAAGGCUCGCGUGGUGGAGAUCCGCCCCAAGCCCGAUACAAGGACGAUUAAAAUAGUACCGAUUCGUGUGGAAAUGUCCAGGAACCUCGCGCUACCUCCUAGGGCGGUACCGAAAACAUAACGUAGGUCGUUGUGAUGGUUUUUUAGUGAUCUAUUUAUUUGAAAUGACCCCGAAAAAGGUUAUUGAACGAUUUUUUUAUGAUUUUGGGGUACUAACCUUUCAGUUUUCAGUAUAGAAACUUUUUGUAUGGUUAUGUUUUAAAAAAAUCGACAAAUUAGGUGAAUAAUAAUACAAUGGAAUGAGUUGGUUUAUUAUUAUUUAUUAUUGUUGGAAUUUAAAAUAAUUUUGUAUUGAGACUGAAGGGAUUUAAAAAAUAAAACACAAAAUAACUACGGAGUUAUCAAAAAUGUCUGAAAUAGUUGGCUAUACUUUGUUCAUUUGGUUGGCAAUAAAAUGUUAUACUUGUUAAAUACGAUUUAAACUAGUGUAUAAACAACGCGAAAAAAUAUAAAUAAUUUUAUAUUAAUAUAUAGUAUUAAUAGUAUUAAAUUGGGUCUAUAAUAAUGUAAGACAAUUUCAAUCAUUUUUGGUCGUUCCGUAUAUGUAAAUAUAUUUUGUUAUCGUUAUAAUUUUAGUAACUUAAGCUUAGGAUUGCAUGUAUAUAUUACUGCCAGCACUGUUUGUAUAGCCUUGUACACCCUCUCUGCAAACUGUUUAUUUUUCUAUACGGGGUGUUCCAUAAGUAAAAAAUCUUCUUUCAGAAAAAAAAACAUGUUCUCUCUUUCUUAUGAAACGCCCUGUAUAUUUUCUUAGCCCUUCUGUCUUCUUGUGUGUUUGUGCCAUAACGAAAUGGUCGACUCUUUUUUUAUUUGUUACUCGUAUGUGGCCAGUGGGGUUCUCUGUGUUCUUUCUAAUAUUUUUUUUAUUAUUAAUAAUGUAAUACUGUUUUGUCCUUAAAUAUAAUAUUGUGAUAUCUGAA